AUGGUCAAGGCACAAUUUCGACAGACAGUGUUCCUCCUCCUGAGCCUCUGGCUGGCCCCAGACGCUCAUGCUGAGCCUAUACCGACCCCUUCAGGAAAGUAUAACGUAGGGAUCCAGCGUCAUCUGAUUCCCUUUAUCAACGAGAAUGAUCCUACUUGGCCGAACAGAGUAUCAACGGAGUAUUUAGCGACUCUGUACUAUCCCACUCCUGACGAGGCCGCCGAGCCAAGUCCGUAUAUCGAGCCAGAGCAGGCACAGCUGUACGCUGACUUCUCCGAAUGGAACGUCUCGCACCUCACGUCAACAAUGCGAAAGGAUGCGUCAUUCUUUUCUGAACCGACCGGACCGACAUUACUGUUUGGCCCGGGCGGUUGGGGUCCAUCAACCGAUGGUGAUGGUAUUGUGCUUUCCGAGCUGGCUUCUCACGGCUAUGUCGUUGCUGCCCUGGACCACAUCUAUGAGCAGCCGUUCCUCCGUCUUCCCAAUGGCACCGGCAUAUAUGGUCUCGCUAUUGAUUUCAAUCCUGACCUGGAGUACAUUAUAGACUUGCAUGAAGUCCGCGUGCGGGAAAUGGUGCACUUCGCCGAGUUUCUCCCAAAACUGGUCACCAAGUUGCACGCCCCUUUCAAGACAGACAAGCUCGGCGCCUUUGGCCACUCCCUCGGCGGUUCAUCUUCUCUAAAUGCUGCUCUGGAGACUGAUAAGAUCGCGGCGGCGAUCAAUAUGGAUGGCACGAACUUUGGACGGAUCAACUCAACCUGCGAUUCCCUAGACAAGCCGUCUCUGUUGUUGGGAUUCGAUGGCCAUACGCCAGAGAUUGACCCUACUUGGGCGAACUUUUUCAAAUCGCAGAAAGGCUGGUGGCGUCUCUUCACCGUGACCGGCGCUAAGCAUAACGACUGGACUGAUAUGUCGUUUUGGAAGAAAUGGGGGACGACACGGCCUCUGGGACCUAUUGACGGGGAUAGAAUGAUUGCUUUGAGGAAUCGGUAUGUCAAGGCUUUCUUUGACGAGCAUCUCCUUGGAAAGGACGAUGCCGUUUUGGACGGGCCAUCCGAAGACUGGCCGGAGGUGAACUACAUUCAGGGAAACCAGUAA